AUGGCACGCCCCACCCCCGGCCGCACCUCUACCUCUCCCUCGAAGCCUCUCCGCAGCCCGCUGCAAACGCCUCCGCCCCCCGACGUCACCACCGCCGGCCCCGAAGAAACCCCCAACCGCCGCAGCUCCCGCAUCGCUGCUCGCCACCACCCGCCUGCCAGCCCGGCACCCCUUCUCCCGCGUCCGCUCCCUGCGCCCAACAAGCCCCUUAUCACGGGCAAUAACAUCACCACCACCACCAACAACAACAAGUCGCCCACCAAGGCCAGCGGCGCGAAGACCCCCGCCACUCCCAAGCGCAAGCGCGAGACCUCGUUCUCGCCGGACAAGCUGUCGAGCGUCGUCUCGAAGAUGAAGCGCGGAAAGGGCCAGGGCCAGGGCGGCGGCGCGGCGGGAAUGUCGUCGCCGAUGGUGUUGAAGCGCUGGUCGCAUUCCGGGCCUCCUGUGGUUAUUGAGAAGCCGGAGAAGGAGAAGGAGAAGCAGGUUGAUGAGGGCGAGAAGAAGAAAGAGGAUGAUGAGGCGAGGGAGGAGAUGCGGCCGCCCUUUGUUCGCCGGAGCUUGUUCUUCAAGGAUCCGCGGUUCACGUUCUUUGAUUAG